AUGACACACGCCAACCUGCAAGAGCAGUAUGGUAAAGGCAAAGCUGGGAGAACUCAUGCUGAGGCAGUCAAUGCUUCAGAAGAAGCAUCUGUCUCUGUGCCACCAUGCAACGACAGCGAGAAAUCCGAGGCCAAGCUGGUCCCCGAACUCAAUGUCGAUUACAGUGACAUUGGAGAUGAGAACGAGAUGUUCCAAAUCCCUUUGGCAUUGGUGACAAUUCCGGCGAGCAAGCCUAACGCAGACGACGACCCCGACGACCCCGGCGACCCCGACCGUAAUGGCGACAACGAGAGGGACAUCGACAGGGACAUCAACUAG